AUACUGUAGUGUAUCGUGGGAUGUUAUUUAAAAAUAAAUAAAAAAAUAAAUAAAUGGUAAAUAAAGUUGUGAUUGACAGCGACAAUUUCCGUUGUAGAACGGCAAAAUCCACAACGGCUUAUUGUUGACAAAAACGAGUCAAACUGGUUUCAAAGCGGAUAGAUUUAGAAGAAAAAAAGUGUUUUGAGUCAGUAGAUAGAAAACGAGAAGGUGUCUGUCCGUCUCAGCCGGGAACAAACAGGAAGAGUUUGGUUUGCGGAAGUUCCCUUUGAUUUGUCACGUGAUGUCGAUGAAUUUCAGUACCACUGCCCGCUGUGGAAGUCCUUCUCGCAAAGAAAACGUACCUCCUUCCACAAAGCGGGAGUCGUUUCUGCACCAGAGGAGCAGACCGCGCACGGUUCUUGGUGUUUUGUCCGAAAACGAGCAGCACAGUCAAUCCUUCAGUCAGGGAAGCCAAUACUCCAGACACAGUUCAGUCUCCGACAACUCCCAGCCCCAUUUCCUCUGCGGUUUGUCCAGCUCUGGGUGUGAUGUGUACGUGGAAGAAGCCUGUGAAGUUGUUCUCGGAGCUUCUGGUCGGGAACUGGUGUCAGAGGAUUCUGAUUCCGAGGACAAGAAUCAGUCCAUGCGGCUGCUGCUCGAGCUUAGUUCUAGUUCACGUCAGGAGGCUUCAGGUCAGUCUGAACAUGAGGAAUCCUGGUUGUCGAGGGAAACAUUCUGUGCAGAGUAUGCAGAAGACAUCUAUCACAACCUGAAGAAGACUGAAAAAAGGUUUCUAGCGAGAAAAGGUUACUUGGAGAGACAUGGAGAGAUCACCAGUGGGAUGCGGGUGGUUCUGGUGGACUGGCUGGUGGAGGUUUCUCAGGAGUACAGGAUGAGUUCUGACACCCUGUACCUGGCGGUGAACUACACGGACCGUUUUAUGUCCUGCACAACCAACGUGAAACGGAACAAGCUGCAGCUGGUUGGGACAGCCUCACUGCUGAUCGCCGCAAAGUACGAGGAGAUUGCUCCCCCGGACCUGAAUGAGUUCGUGUACAUCACAGACAGCACCUACUGCCAGAAGCAGCUGCUUCACAUGGAGAGUCUCGUGCUCCGGGUGCUGGCCUUCAGGCUGGCGGCGCCCACUCCUCACCUGUUCCUGCGCCUUUUUCUGUCCGUCCAUUCUUCAUGCGUGAAGACGGAGAACCUCGCCUUGUACAUAGCAGAGUUAAGCCUGUUGGAAAUGAAUCCCUUCCUGCAGUACACUCCAUCACUGUUGGCAGCAGGAGCCUACAGUCUAGCCAGCUACACCGUACACAAGGUUCUCUGGCCUGAUGCUUUAGUUGCCUUCACUGGAUACACUGCGGCUGACAUCAUGCCCUGCUUGACCCACCUCCACAAGCUGCACGCCAGCGCGGAGAGCCGCCCGCAGCAGGCCAUCAGGGACAAGUUCAAAAGUUCAAAGUUUCAUUGUGUUUCGUCGAUCGCUCCACCUGAGGUUUUACCUCUUUUAGGAGGAACUUCACCCUCCACCUGUCCCGCCACACAAACAGUACAACCCACAACCUCAUCCAUGCAAAAUAUGUAGAUAUUUUACUGUUUUACUGUUUUUUGACAAAUAUUUAACUAAUAAAAAUGAACUACAGCUUAUAGA